AUGAAAGAAGACGAUUCUGCAAUUUAGUAAAACAAAAUAGAUGAGUUAAUCAAAGAGUAAAAAUACUCUGCACUCAUUUAACUGAUUUCUAGAAAAGAUCCACAAAGGUCAACCAAUUUAUUUAUCUUAGACUUAAACAAUAUAGUUGCAUAAAAAUAAAGAAUUAAAUCUUCAGAUUGAAAUAGGAUGUCGCUGUCUGUGCCAAUAAUAACGAUAUUUACUAUGGAAAGCUAAUUAAGAUCUAUUGCAUUAAGGAUAAAAAUGAUUAACAUGUUCCAGUAAUCUAAGUUCAAUGGUAAUUGCUUAUUCAUAUUACUUGUAGGUAUUACACCAAAUAGGAUUUAAAUUUAGACAAAAAGUCAAUGAGGAGUAUUUCAAUUAAAGAAUUGUUCUUCUCAACUCAUGUGGAAUUUUUAGCUGCUAAUAAACUAUAAUGUCCAAUAGAAGUGAUGACAUUUGAUCAGUACACAUAAUUAGAAUAUGGAGAAGAAACUAAAUUCUUCAGUAGAGCAGCCAUUGAUCUUAAAACAAUGGAACCUAUGCCUAAAGUCAGUGAAUGGUAGAAAUCAUGUGUCUGUAGAAUGCCUCAGAACCCAGACUUAUAAGUGAUUCAAUGUGAAACAUGUGAAGAAUGGUUUCAUUUAGAUUGUGUUAAUCUUAAGUCAGAAGAAGCUGAAUAAAUUGAAAACUAUAAAUGUCCAGGUUGUUAAUGA